AUGUUAAAAAGACAUGGCUGCUCGAGAGUAGAAAAUCUAAAUAAUGAUGUUGUAGAGCUCAUCCUGGAGAGACUACCAGUGGAGUCUCUCCUGAAACUCAAGUAUGUAUGCAAGACGUGGAACUCGACAAUCGAGUCGCAGUUUUUCAAGGAACGGCAGUGGAUCCGUCGUAGGCAAUCACGUGGUGAAGAUGUCCUUUUCGUGUCCAUUGUUGAUUAUCCUCCUCCUCAUCUUAGUUAUGAUGAAGCUGGGAAGAGUACAAUCCAAUUCGGGUCGUCAGUAUUUCGUACUGUCAAAUUCCCUUUUCUAAGCGAUGCGGUUUGCAUUAGUAAUUGUGACGGUCUGCUAUGCUUCACCGACGACGUCGAACCAAAUGUCGUGAUCAACCCCGCGACUGGAUGGCAUACAAAUUUUCCACACUCGAGAUUUCAACCGCUCCGACUUGACAUGCUUAAUAAAGGACUUUCUAACGUGCCAUAUCCAAAGCUUGGAUUCGGUAAAGAUAAACUCAGGGGCGGCACAUACAAGGCAGUCUGGCUAUAUAAUUCAACUGAUUUUGGCAAAGACGACGUUACUACGUGUGAAGUUUUUGAUUUUGGCAGUAGUACUAACGCUUGGAGGUACGUUCUCCCUGCUUCUCCUUAUCGGAUGCUUCGUUACCGAGAACCCUUGUAUUUUGAUGGGUCACUUUAUUGGCUCUCUGAGUGUGAAGAAACAAAGGUAUUAUCUUUCAAUCUUCACACCGAAACUUUUGAAGUCAUCUCACAAACUCCCUUUCUCCAAAAAAGUGCGCCUGCCUUGUCCCUCCUUGAUAACUGCUUGUGCAUAUCAGUGGAAAUAGAGCCCAACCUACUCAUUUUGUCGUUAAGUGGAAACAAGACAUGGGAUCUAAUGUUUUCGUUAGACCUCUAUGAGUGUGCUUAUUUGUUUGAGAGCCCCACCUCCACAAUCAUACCGCUAGCAAUCUUGGACAAAGAUAAGUUACUACUUCGUGGUGAUGGAGCCAUGAACAAUGUGCGAGUAGUCGUGAUACAUGAUCUCCGUACUAAAUCUUUUGAGGUACUCUACAAGCCUACCUCCUGUGGAUCUUGUGUUUGUUAUUUCCAAAGUUUAUUCACUGUUUAA